CACACUGUUUGCAUCAUUUAUAAGUGUUUGAGCUGCAUUUUAUAGACUUUCAACAUGAGAGUUUGCCCGUUUGCACCAGCUGGAGUGUCCCUGCUGCUUGCUGCAUUCUCUCUCACAGUCCACGGCACAACUACAAGAUACUUCACCUUUGAGGAGGACGCACCAGGGACAGAGAUAGGCAAUUUGUCCCAGGAUUUAAAGAUUGAUCCGGCUGACGACCCGGACACAUCAUUCCGCUUCAUGCAGGAGAGCAACUCAUCGGUGAUCCACAUGCGGGAGAGUGACGGACUCCUGAGUGUGGCAGAGAGAAUUGACCGGGAGCAACUGUGCCCCUGGUCCCUCCCUCGCUGCUUCAUCACCUUCGACAUUGUGGCCCUCUCCAGGGAGAAGUUCCAGCUCAUUCACGUGGAGAUCGAGGUGAAGGACAUCAACGAUCACGCUCCAAGCUUUGCGCGCAACGAGACCAGCCUGGAGAUCAUGGAAAACAUGCCCCUGGAGUCCAGGUUCCCGCUGCAGAUAGCUCUGGACCUGGAUGUGGGUGAGAACUACAUUCAGAACUACAACAUCUCCCCCUGCAGCCACUUCGCUGUGGAGGUGCGCGAGGGGGAAGACAGACUGAAGUUUGCGCAGCUGGUGCUGGUCAGGGAGCUGGACAGGGAGGUGGAGGACUCUUACACGGUGAAAGUUACCGCUUAUGAUGGAGGAGUUCCUGCAAAGUCCGGCUCCAUGACGGUAAACAUCAAAGUGUUGGACUUUAAUGACAAUAGCCCGAUUUUCGAGCACAGCUCCCUGAAAGUGGAGCUGAACGAGGAUGCGCCGGUGGGGCACAGAGUUCUCAGAGUGCACGCCUUCGACCCGGACCUGGGAGUCAACGGCGAGGUGACAUAUGCGCUCGCAGAUGGGCUCUCACCUGAAGCCGUCCGUAUUUUCCACGUGGACCCUUACUCAGGUGACGUGACGCUCAGGGCGCCUGUGGACUUUGAGAAGAGGAGGUCGUACGAGCUGCGAGUCACAGCCUCGGACCUGGGGGAGAGCUCCAUCCCGUCCACGUGUCACGUCGUGAUAGACAUCGUGGAUGUGAACGACAACGCGCCCGAGGUCACCAUCAAACCGAUGACCUCCAGCAGCGAUGGGGUGGCCUUCAUCACGGAGGCCGCGGCCGCAGAGAGCUUCGUGGCGCUGAUCAGCACCUCGGACAGAGACUCGGGCUCCAACGGGUACGUGCGCGUCAGCCUGCUCGGGCAUGAGCACUUCGCCCUGCAGCAAGCCUAUGGGGACACGUUCAUGAUCGUCACCACCACCAUUUUGGACAGAGAAAAGAUCCAAGAAUACAACCUGACUGUGGUGGCUGAGGACCUGGGAACGCCCCCUUUUAAGACUCUGAGGCAGUACACGAUCAGUGUGACAGAUGAGAAUGACAACCCCCCUCUCUUCAGUAAGCCCCUCUAUGAGGUUUCAGUGCUGGAAAAUAACAUCCCAGGUUCAUAUAUAACUACUGUUGUUGCGCGAGAUCCAGAUGUGGGGAAAAAUGCCAAAGUGUCUUACAAACUCCUGGACUCAGAGGUCCCAGGAGGGUCCCCCGUGUCCACUUAUGUUUCUGUGGACUCAGUUUCAGGGUCUCUGUACACGCUGAGGUCCUUUGAUUAUGAGACACUGCAGCAGAUUGAGGUGGUCAUCCAAGCAGAAGACAGAGGCUCCCCUUCCCUUUCAAGCACAUCAACAAUCAGGGUUAGAGUCGUCGACCAGAAUGACAACUAUCCAUACUUCACCUUCCCAUUCCUCCUGAACGACUCUGCUGAGGUUCCUCUGCCCUACAACGCACCCUCCGGCUACCUCGCCCUCUGUCUGUCCGCUGAGGAUUCAGACGAGGGAGUGAACGGCAAGCUCACCUACCACGUCGUGCAAGGUGACCCAAAGCUGUUUACCCUGAACAAAAACACUGGUGAGAUUGCUUUAAAGCAGCGGCUGACAGCUGAAAUAGGAGACGUGCUGGAAGUGAGAAUCACAGUGAGCGACAGCGGCAGGUCCCCGCUCUCCAGCGGCGCCACAAUCAGAUUUGUGGUCUCAGACACAAAGCMCCCAGAAGACCAGGUCAACGUUGUGCUGCGGUCGAGCGAGGGGGAAAGCUCCGGCUUUGAUGGCUCGCUAAUUAUCAUCAUUGUGCUCAGCGGAGGCWGUGCAUUGUUGCUAAUUGCCAUAGUUGCUGUGGCUGUCACACGCAAGCUCGGCCRUAGGGGGAGAAGCCGUGGCAGGAAGAGAGACGUGUGCCAGGGUCUGUUUGACGGCAGGCCCCUACCCAUGCUCAGCUCUGCUGAAGCAAACAUUUACACGGGCCAGCAGGGGUUCUUCCAGGAGAGGACAUCUUUGUCUCUGGAUGAGUCCUUCCUGUACGAGGAGAGGAGCAGGGACUCUGACACAAAGAUGUUCCUGCCCUCCAAACAUUUCCAACCAUCAUCUGUGUGGCAAAGUGACAGAUACUGCUUGCAAGUGAGUGGCAUCAACAGCAAUGACCAGCUGAGCGUGAAGGACAGCGGUAAAGGGGACAGCGACUUCAAUGACAGUGACUCUGAUACCAGCGGCGAAGGCGGCAAGAAGAACUUCAGCACGUUCCAACCCAGGCUAAAAAGUGUUGCAAACACCUCAUCCAGGGACUGUCGAGGCAACUACUGUGAUAUCCCACCAAGCUACCUGUCCUCCAGAGACAACACAUACACCAUAGGCUUCUCCCCAGUGUCUGUCUUCAGCAACCCCCACRGCAUUAAAAACGACUGCAGUUAUGGCACAAAUCAACACAAACCAAGAAGCAGCAUGCAAACAUUUUCCAGAUCUGGGACUCUUCCUCCCUACUUCCCUCAGCAGCUGCGUGAUGCCRGUGUCGGACUGGCUGCGGUCCAAAACCAAAGUCCUGAUGUUGAAACUGUGGCGACAGAAAUAGAAGUUGCAACCAUCUUUUAAAAGUAAACCAAAAAGCUGGAAGCUGUAAAUAUGUAGGUGUUUGCAUUGUGUGGUUAGCAGGUGUACAAAUUUGUCAGKGAACAUAAUUAUCACAUAGAUUCUUUUUUUAUUUAUGCUGCUUUAUUUGAUUUUUAAUGAUCUGUAUUCUAGUGUGUUUUUCUAAUAAAAGUCUU